AUGGACCCCAAAAUAGCCCCACUAUCACCAUCAUCACCAUUUCCGAUGAUUUACACUCAAAACCCUCGAUAUACGGUUUUACGGGGGAUCAAGGUGGGAGUGGAACUACGCCGAAACAAGGUGGAGUUCGUCCUCUUCGAAGCAGCAGAGGCAACAUAUUUGUCUACUAAUGAGACGCCGAUCGAGCCCAUUGAGGCGGUAGUGAAGGAAUCUGGUGGGUGUGAGUCUCAAGAACAAGAGGACCGAUCUUUUGAACGUUGCCCAACUUUGCCCAUUUGA